AUGGAAGUGCGGUUACUGCACCCACAUACCUUUGUUCUGCUCUGUUUUUUCCUAAUUUGGACAAAAACCCAUGUCCUAGGAGGCCUUGAAAAUCCAGACCAAUUGUCAGAAGACGUAAAAAAAUCACAAUUCCCAGAUGGGUUUCUCUUUGGUGUGGCUACCUCUGCUUAUCAAAUUGAGGGUGCAACUCUUGAAGAUGGCAGGGGCCUUAGUAAUUGGGAUGUUUUUGUUCGCACAGGCCACGUAAAAAAUGGUGACACUGCGGAUACAGCAGAUGACCAUUAUCAUCGUUACUUGGAAGAUAUAGAGAUAAUCCAUUCUCUUGGGCUGGAUGCUUACCGGUUCUCAAUUUCAUGGACCAGAAUUUUGCCAAGAGGGAAGUUUGGUGAAGUCAACCCUGCCGGAAUCUCGUUCUACAAUAAUGUCAUUGAUAACCUUUUAUUGAAAGGGAUUCAGCCAUUUGUGACAAUUCACCACGAGGACUAUCCGCAAGAACUCAUGGACAGAUAUGGGGGCUGGCUUAGCCCUUUGAUGCAGGAUGACUUCGUCCUUUUUGCUGAGAUUUGUUUCAAGAGUUUUGGUGACCGUGUGAAGUAUUGGAUGACGAUUAAUGAACCGAAUUUGGUUUCUGAGUUUGAAUAUGAGAGGGGAGUUUACCCUCCAGCGCGGUGCUCCCUUCCUUUUGGUAAUUGUUCAGCUGGUGGUAAUUCAGAUACUGAACCCCUGAUUUCUAUGCACAACAUGUUACUUGCACAUGCUAAGGCUGCAAAACUAUACAGGGAGCAUUUUCAGGCCAAACAAGGUGGGAUGCUAGGAAUUGUGUCCACCGCAUUGAUGUAUGAACCUAAAUCCGACAGUGAACAAGACCGGGAAGCUGCAGCCAGAGCUUGGGCUUUUUAUAUUGCUUGGACAUUUGAUCCUGUUGUAUUUGGAGAUUAUCCUCCAGAAAUGCGUCAGUACCACGGGAGUGAGCUGCCAACGUUCACGGCAGAGGAAAAAUUACUCCUUCGAAAAAGCAUUGACUUCAUGGGACUAAACCACUACGGAACUUUGUAUGCCAAGGACUGCCUCCAUAGUAGCUGCCCCUGCUUCGAACCUAGCUGUGUCCCGGGUGGAAACCGUGCCAUUCGAGGCUUUGUCAGUACUAAUGGGUUUCGCGAUGGUGUCCCAAUUGGAGAACCAACUGGGAUGCAACAACUGUAUGUUGUUCCAAGAGGAAUGGAAGAAAUUGUGGACUACGCUAAGAAGAGAUACCAUAACAUGCCUAUGUUCAUUACUGAGAAUGGUUAUUCUCAGCCACUGGAUGCUGUGACAAUUGAAGAUGUUGAUCGGAUUGAAUUUCAUCAAGCAUACCUUGCGUCCUUGGCCCAGGCAAUUAGGAACGGGGCUGAUGUAAGAGGCUAUUUCAUAUGGACAUUGAUGGAUGACUUUGAGUGGACGGAUGGUUACGACUUAAAAUUUGGACUUUACGCCGUGGAUCCCAUGACACUCAACAGGAUUCCCAGGCUGUCAGCAAAAUGGUACAGCCAUUUUCUGAGGAACAUUAGCCUUAAUGUCAAUGAUCCCUCCGGUAAUUCUGCCUCGGGAACCCGAUGA